AUGGGGAUUUACGCAACAUCUAGGCUUGUUCUAAUACUAAUCAUUGGCCUUCUUACCUUAAUAAUUAGCCAAAAGGGUGAGUGCAAGAGACAUAUGUUACAAAUGGUUGAAAUCAUCAAUGCAUCUACUCCUAGUCUUCCUUCCGAUCAGUUGUCUCCACCUUUGCCUACACCUUCAUCUCCGGUUGCCUCUCCUUCGCGUGGUAGUCCAAUUACCCCCGCGUCUUCUAUUCCUCCGAAUGCUAUUCAUACACCUCCUGCAGCCGUUCCACCUCCUCUUCUUCCUUCUCCUUUAGCCGCUCCUGAGCCUCCUCUUGAUGUUGCUCCUUCUCAAGAACCUUCUCUUGUAGCUACUCCUCUUUCGCGGCCUUCUUCCCCUCCUACUAUUGCUCCUUCUCCUGUACUUGCUCCUUCGCUUUCUCCUCCUACUACUUCGCCUGUUUUUGCUCCUUCUCAAGCACCUUCCCCUGUAGCAGCUACUCCUCUUUUGUCACCUUCUUCCCCUCCUAUUGAUCUUGCUCCUUCUCCUGUAGUUGCUCCUUCACUUUCUCCUCCUACUACUUCCCCUGUUGUUGCUCCUUCUCAAGCACCUUCUUCCCCUCCUAUUGAUCUUGCUCCUUCUCCUAUAGUUGCUCCUUCGCUUUCGCCUCCUACUACUUCCCCUGUUGUUGCUCCUUCUCAAGCACCUUCUCCUCUUUUCUCACCUUCUUCCCCUCCUAUUGAUCUUGCUCCUUCUCCUGUAGUUGCUCCUCUGCUUUCGCCUCCUACUUCGCCUGUUUUUGCUCCAUCUCAAGCACCAGUAGUUUCCCUUCCUCCUCCACCAUCUGCAUCUCUUCCUCCACCUAUUAAAUCACCUUCUCAUACAUUUUCUCCACCACCAUCACCACCUCCUUCAAUGCUAUCUUCGCCUCCUCAUUCGAAACCUUUCAUUUCUCCUCCUACAAGACCUUCUCCCUCUACUUCUCGUCCUACUGCUCUUGGAUCAUCCAAUACUCCAAAACUACAAGUUGGUUUUUAUGAAGGGAAAUGUUUCAAUAAGACCAUGGAUGUUGAAGUACUCAUAGCAACAAAAGUUGAAGAACAUUUUCGAAAUGAUACUUCUAUCCUCCCUGCCCUUCUUCGCUUACAGUUUCAUGAUUGCUUUGUCCAUGUGAGCAUCAUUCUUCUAAUCUUAACAUUGUACAUAUUAGCAUUUUGCACAUUACUGAUUACUCAAAUAUGCAUUAUGUUCAUAUUUCUAUAUCUAUAA